AUGCGAUUCGGAAAGACUUUGCGGCAGGCCAUUUAUGCGCCUUGGAAAGACAAGUACAUUGACUACGCGAAGCUCAAGUCCCUCCUGCGAGAGGACAAGUACGACGACGAGGAUGUCGCGUGGACCGAGGAGGACGAGAACCGAUUCUGCGACGAGAUCUUCAACACCCAACUCGAGAAAGUCGCGCAGUUUCAGGAGAAGACGUUUAACGUGCUGAAGGAUCGCAUCGAUGCCGCGUUCGAGAAACUCAAGGAUCUGGCGCCGCCGGCCAGCGAGGGCGAGGAGCAGGACGGGUCCGAAGUCAAGAAGCCCGACGCCGCGACAGCCCAGAAGCUGAAGGACAUUGAAGCGGAGCUCGACAAGAUCACGACCGAGAUCUCGGAGCUCAAGAAGUACAGCAACAUCAACUACACGGGCUUCCUCAAGAUCGUCAAGAAGCACGAUCGCAAGAGAGGCGACCGCUACAAGGUGCGCCCCAUGAUGCAGCUGAGCCUGUCGCAGCGGCCCUUCAACUCCGAGCAGGGCUACUCGCCACUGCUCAACAAGCUAUCCAUCAUGUACUACGCUAUCCGUCAACAACUUGACGAGGGCAGCGCCGAUCAGCAGCCUCUGGACCUGGAAAGCCAAGGCGAGACGCAUAACGGAGAAAGGUACACUGCCCACAAGUUCUGGGUGCAUCCGGACAACCUGCUGGAGGUGAAGACGUACAUCAUGAGACGGCUUCCCGCGCUUGUCUACAGCGAACAGUCGGCCAGGGAACUCGACGGCUCCAGCGACCCUACGAUUACGUCGCUCUACUUCGACAGCCCCAAGUUCGACCUCUACGGAAAGAAGGUGGAGCGCAAGGCUGAGGCCUCUUCGUUGCGCGUGCGUUGGUACGGACAGUUGAGCUCCAAGCCUGACCUGUUUAUCGAGCAAAAGAUUGUCGGAGAGCAGGGAUCCAGCGAGGAGCGCAAGUUCACGAUCAAGGACAAGUACAUCAAGCCGUUCAUCGACGGAACAUACAAGAUGGAGAAGACGGUGCAAAAGAUGGAGCGACAAGGCGUGCAGGCCGAGGAAAUUGAAAACUUCAAGAACACCGUCCAGGCGCUCCAGGCUUUCGUUCAAGAGAACAAGUUGCAGCCCGUACUUCGCGCCAACUACGCCCGCACCGCCUUCCAGAAACCCGCCGACGACCGCGUCCGUAUCUCGAUCGACACCGAGGUUGCCUUCAUUCGGGAGGAUACCUUGGACCGCGACAGGCCUUGCCGUGACCCCUCCGAGUGGCACCGCACCGAUAUUGACGGUUCAAACGUGUCCUACCCGUUCAAGGCCAUCAACCAGAGCGAGGUCUCCCGCUUCCCCUACGCCAUCCUGGAGAUCAAGCUCAAGGAAGACCCCAACCGGAAGCGUCCCGCGUGGGUCGCGGAUCUGAUGGGCUCCCACUUGGUUCACCCCACUCCACGAUUCUCCAAGUUCGUUCACGGCGUCGCCUCUCUCUUUGAAGACUACGUCAACAGCCUUCCUUUUUGGCUCAGCGAUCUGGAAGCCGACAUCCGCAAGGAUCCUCAGAAGGCGUUCGAAGCUGAGGAGCAACGUCGGGCCCAGCGCGCCGAGGAUGAGCAGGCCGUCGGUAGCUUUUUGGGCAACAAAGUCAGUUCCUACAAGGUCUCCAAAAGCUCGCCGGCCGGCACGUCCUAUCUCGCCAACCGCAUGGCGGCCGAGGCGAGCGCUCGCUCGAGGCAAGCGGGCACCACGGAAAACCAGCAGGCUGGCUCGAACCAGGAGAAUGGCGACCAACAGCCGCGCAGCUAUGGCACGCUGUCUUCCGUCCUCCCCGGUUUCUCGCUGUCCAAGUACUCCAAGGCUAAGAGAGCACAAAAGAACCAGGUGCAGCUGCCCGAAGGUGUUGUCGAGCCGGUUCAGUGGCUCAAGAACUCGGGCGAGCUCAAGAUCGAGCCCAAGGUGUGGCUGGCCAACGAGCGCACGUUCCUCAAGUGGCAGCACAUCUGCAUCCUCUUGGGUGCAUUGGCCGUCUCGCUGUACACCGCCGCCGGCGAGAACUUCCUCGCCGAGGUCAUGGGUAUUGCCUACAUCUUGAUCGCCGUUUUUGCCGGUAUGUGGGGAUACUUCAUGAUGCACAGCCGGAGGAAGAUGAUUAUCGACCGCAGCGGAAAGGACUUUGAUAACCUCGUCGGGCCGUUGAUUAUCAGCGUUGCGAUGAUGAUUGCGCUUAUAUUGAACUUUGUGUUCGCUUACCGCGGAGCUAUGGAGAGGCUGAACGGGGAGAAGAUGGCCUGGGAAAUCAUCAACGGCACCGGUGAGCCUAUCCGCCAGGAGCUCAUUUAA